AUGGCUCCUCCUUUUUCUUCUUCCUCCAAUUCUCGCAAUUGGUUAUAUGAUGUCUUCCCGAGCUUUCGCGGAGAAGACGUCCGCGUCACUUUCCUAAGCAACUUUCUCAAGGAACUUGAUCGGAAAUUGAUCACUGUUUUCAAGGACAACGAGAUGGAGAGAAGCGGAUCGCUUGAUCCCGAGCUCAAAAGUGCCAUUAGGGAUUCGAGGAUUGCUGUUGUUAUAUUCUCCACAAAUUACGGCUCUUCAUAUCUCUAA